CAAAAUAUGAAAAACAAAAAUUGUAUUAUUAUCAAACAUAAUAGAAAUAUGAAAAUUUUUUAAAAAAAUGUUACAGUGUGAUAAUAUCAGGCCCUUUUUACACGUGGGUUUAAUAAUAAGCCUAGAUGAAAACAUAAAAAGGGUAUUAAAAGGUAAGGGCUUUGGGAGUCAAUUUGUCAAAGAAAAUUUAUAGCCUCCCAAAAGUAUUCAAAUUCUGACAUGAAGAAAAACCAAAGUCACAUAAAUAAAACAAAACAAAAAUUAAUAUCUAAUAAACAAAAACCGUGUUUGUCGUUUUUUGGACUUGGCAUGAGAACGUUGUUACAAAAGGUUUGGUUCUGUAUACAUUAACGUGUUCCUUUGUGAACCAAACUUUCUGGUCCCAUCCCAUGUAUGUUUCAUCGUCAAUGGUUUAGGAUGAGAUGGUUCCAUCCAACACUUAAAACACAUGGUCCCAUCUUUCACACUAACUAGGACUACACACAAACACUUUUUCCCUUUGAGAAGAAAAAAUAGCUACAGCCUUCGUAGCAAAGAGAGAAAAAGAUGGCUCUUCCAAGACCAAGCAGUGAAGAGAAAGCCCUUUCUCAGCUCAAAGAAGGAACAGCAUCAUCAGCAGCAGCAGCACCACCUUCAUCAUCUUCUUCAUGGAAUAGGCUUCACACUUUCUCUCCUUUGAAUCUACACAACAAGACUAGCAAAAUUGAAGACAGUGAUGAAGAUAUGUUCACAGUUCCAGAUGUCGAGACCACACCCAUUAAUGUUCAUUCUCAUCCAAACAGUAUCCUUAAACAAUCUAACGUGACAGAACCUCAGUUUCAAACUGGUUUCCCUGGAAAGCGUCGCAGGGGAAGAAACCCUGCAGAUAAGGAACAUAGACGUCUCAAGAGGUUGUUGAGAAAUAGGGUUUCUGCUCAACAAGCUCGAGAAAGAAAGAAGGUUUAUGUGAAUGAUUUGGAAGCAAGAGCCAAAGAGUUGCAAGAUAAAAAUGCUAUCUUAGAUGAACGUAUCUCUACUUUGAUAAAUGAGAACACCAUGCUUAGAAAGGUUCUUAUGAAUGCGAGGCCAAAAGUUGAUGAUAGUAAUGAACAAAAGCAAGAGCACUUAAGUAAGAGCUAACAAGGUUAAACCUUCAAACAAAUUAUUUAUAAUUUAUUCUAUAAUGUAAAUUUACAAAUUUAUGACUAUUUUCUUUCUUUUAUACUUUUAUCUAAGACCUUCUCCACCUCCACAUCAAGGUUUUUUGUUCGGCAUUCUUUGAUGUAGUGAAGUUGGAAAAAGUUCAAAAUUAAUGCUUAUUGUAUAGUAGUUUCAAUGUAUCUUAAGAAAA